AUGGGCCUCGUCUUUAUAUCUGUCCACGCAACUCUUCUCAUCAUUGCCUAUGAUGAGAAGAGUGGAAGAAUCCGAGGCGUCUACGCCGAAUGCGAGUUCACGCGGGGAGACGCCCUCUGCCUCGUCAUGGCUCUUGACGGUCAUCCAACCGACGAAAGCACCAGCACCAGCACCGGCACCGGCACCGGCACCGGCCCAUUCAGCGGUAAUUUCACCCUUGCCGACCACGAGCGAGAUGAGCUCCUGCGAUGUUGGGGCCAUGCAUCGUGCGACAGCUGCCUCGAAAUCUCCAAGUGUAGCUGGUGUCCAUACACCUGGUCAUGCGUCCCCAACUCGCAUCUAGUCCCGUUUCUCGCGCCGGCCUACCAGAAGGGCAUAUGCCCGGCAUCGACGGAGCAGUGGGAGCUGCGCACACAGCCGCUGGGAUGCAACGUCUCGAGCGUCAACACCAUCUCCGUCCUCGUCGCCGUCGCCGCUACCCUCGUCGUCGUGGCGCUCAUCGGCCUGACAGUCCUGGCUACCGCGCGCGUGCGAAGACAUUUGCGAGAUAGAAGGUGGCAGCCAUGGUGGCCAGAAUGGGAUCCCCAGGAGCGGCAAGACGGCGGGGAGACGGAUCCUCUGCUUUCCCAGCGCUGA